CGGAAGAACUGCCAUUGAAGCUGCAACAGACUCUCAAGAUGGGAUCCGGGUCCUCCAAACCGGCGGCGACGCCUACAUCUCAGGUUUGGACAGCCGAAACACCCGUCCGAUUUUCACAAGGACUCGUAGAUUCUCUCCAGUCAAGUCCGGAGACCGAUUCUACUCGUACCAAAACCCUCGAACUACACAUCCAAGCCCGCGUAGCCGAAGAACUCAAACGUCUACAGGACCGCGCAUCAAGGGACUUCGAGGAACUACAAGCCAAGAUCUCCGCAGCCGAGGAUUUGUCUAAGAAGGAGGGCAAAUCUGCCGGUGAUACACUCCGAGAUCUGGGAAGAGAAGCAGUGCAGAAUGAUGUUAAGGAGUUGAGGAAGAAGCUGGAACAGAGGAAGAAGUUGACGGCUGUUGAUGAGGGUGUUGAGAAUGCGAAGAGUGAGGUGGUGAAGUGCUUGAGGGAGAAUGAUAGACGGCCACUUGACUGUUGGAAGGAGGUGGAAAACUUUAAGAAUGAGGUUAGGAGGUUAGAAGGCGUGUGGGUUGAGAAGAUUGUCAGAUAGGCAUAUGGGUGUGACAACGAAGAAAUGAGUACUGGGAAUUGUAGAAUACGUGUAUCCGUAAUAGAAGGCUAUGCAUGGAAAUAGUGGCAUUGACAUCAUGAACGGGUCUCAGUGAUCGAGUGCAGAGUGUUGCGGA